AUGGCAUCUCUUCGCACCAGUGCCCGCAGUGCACGCGCGAUAUUUGCCGCCUCGCGACCGGCUUUCAGAACCCAGAUGCGUUCUAUGGCUUCAGUUGAUAAUCCUAUAUCGUCUCCAUCUCGUCCUGUCGAACCUGCUUCCACAACAUCAACUAUCAAGGAACCCGCUGCCGAUUCCCAGUCUUUGAUCAAGACAUUCAACAUUUACCGAUGGAAUCCAGAUGAGCCAACUAGCAAGCCCCGCAUGCAAGCAUACACUUUGGAUCUCAAUAAGACUGGACCUAUGAUGUUGGAUGCACUUAUUAGAAUCAAGAACGAGGUCGACCCUACCCUUACAUUCCGAAGAUCUUGCCGAGAGGGUAUCUGUGGUAGCUGUGCAAUGAACAUUGACGGAGUAAACACAUUGGCUUGUUUGUGCCGCAUUCCCAGAGACGCCAAGCACGAAACGAAGAUCUACCCACUACCCCACACCUAUGUCGUCAAGGAUAUUGUUCCUGAUUUGACACAAUUUUAUAAGCAAUACAAGUCGAUUAAGCCAUACCUUCAACACACCGACCCAGCACCAGGUGGAAAAGAGUACUUGCAAUCCAAGGAGGAACGUAAGAAGCUUGAUGGACUUUAUGAAUGUAUUCUAUGCGCAUGUUGCUCGACAUCUUGCCCCUCCUACUGGUGGAAUAGCGAAGAGUACUUGGGACCAGCCAUUUUGUUGCAAAGUUACAGGUGGCUCGCGGAUUCCCGUGAUCAGAAGAAGGAAGAGCGUAAGGCUGCUUUGGACAACAACAUGAGUUUGUACAGAUGUCACACAAUUCUCAAUUGCUCGAGAACAUGCCCGAAGGGUUUGAAUCCAGGUUUAGCGAUUGCACAAAUCAAGAAGGAGAUGGCUUUUUAA